AUGACCAAAGGUACAUCAACAACCCCGGCCGAGUCCCAGCCUGUUGAGGCUCUCCCUGGGAGUCCAUACUAUGGGAUGCAUGGUCACUACUGGAAGUCAAACAGGGACAUGCCACCCACCAAAUGGCUCCAGGAGAACAAGAAGCUCUGCGCUUGUGAUGAACACCAGGCAAGCCAAUGGCCGAUGGAACACGCGAUCAUUACGAUUCCUCCCUGCGCCUACAAGUGUCCCUACUGCCCAAAGUUCGAUAACUUCGAGACUACCAGCCCUCAGGUAGUCAAGCUCCGUGCUCAUAUCAAACGUGACCAUCUGAAGAAAAAGCCGCAGGACUUCCUUGGGUUGUCUGUUACCCCGGGUAGAGUGACGAAGCCCCGCACGCCAUGA